AAAGUUAACUCAUUUUUAAACAAACUUUAUGAAGAACGUUGGAGCAAAUUCGGAUUUUCAUUUGGUGCUUUUUGAUGAAGAAAACAGGGCAGUUGGUUUUCACUCGAAAUCAGGAGGUCUCUGGUUUUUCUUGUAUUUCAGAGUGUAUCGGUGGAGUUAGAAUUUCUAUUUGGUAUGGUUGGAAAGCUUAUUCAAUUUACUACAACUUUCAUGAAGAAAUUGUAAACCAAAAACGACUAAAAAUUGGUUAAAUUGUAGGAACAAGUUAAAGAGGUCGUGUGCGCGCGAUUCUGGAAGUGGUUCUGUUUUGAGGGUUAUAUGUGUUUAUGCACGGGGAAUCAGAUUUAUAUGUCUUCAGGCCGAGAAGAAUUAAACCGAGCUUAUAGACCAAGGAUCUAGCCCAAGACUGUAGAGAUCGACUUCCCGGUGCCUGAUAGACUGCCUUAGUCUGCGGAAGCUUCAUUAUCGAUUGCCAGAGUCAUGCCACCACGUACUGGUAGACGACGCCGGCAGAAUCAGGACGGGAUGCAAGGUCCUACCCAAGGUCCAUCUGUAGGGGAAUCUAGUACCCUAGGAGUUCGAGGUGGUGCAGGAAACGAGCAGUUUGCGAGAACAACACAGGAAAUAGGAAGGACAGAUAGAGCAGAGCCUAGUGAUCCAGAAAAGGCAUACGGAAUUGAACGGCUGAAGAAGUUAGGGGCUACAGUGUUUGAAGGUUCCACAGAUCCAGCUGAUGCAGAGAACUGGUUGAAUAUGCUUGAAAAGUGUUUUGAUGUGAUGAAUUGUCCUGAGGAGCGAAAGGUUAGAUUGGCCACAUUUUUGUUGCAAAAAGAGGCUGAAGGAUGGUGGAAAUCUAUAUUAGCAAGACGCAGUGAUGCACGUGCUUUAGACUGGCAGACUUUUAGAGGCAUAUUCGAAGAUAAGUAUUAUCCCAGCACAUACUGCGAAGCCAAGAGGGAUGAAUUUCUGGGGUUGAAACAAGGAUCACUUUCAGUGGCUGAGUAUGAGAGGAAGUAUACCGAGCUUUCACGGUAUGCUGACGUUAUUAUAGCUUCUGAGAGUGACAGGUGCCGAAGGUUUGAAAGAGGAUUGCGUUUUGAAAUACGUACCCCAGUUACAGCCAUUGCUAAGUGGACGAAUUUCUCUCAGUUAGUGGAGACUGCCCUUCGUGUGGAGCAGAGUAUAACAGAAGAGAAAUCGGCAGUGGAGCUUAGUCGUGGGACUUCAACAGCUAGUGGAUUUAGAGGCCGUGAGCAGCGGAGGUUCACGCCUGGGAUAAAUAUUUCAAGCCGUCAAGAUUUUAAGAAUCGCUCUGGAGGCCAAGCAUCGAGGAACGUGAGUUAUGGUAGUGUUUUUCAGAGACAGAGCCAGAGAAUACCUAGUCAACCCAUUAGAUCAACAGUAAGAUCGCAACCAGGUCAGGAGUCCAUUGCUAGUACCGUCAGGCGAAUACCAUGCACGAGUUGUGGCAGGAACCAUCGGGGUCAGUGUUUGGUAGGUGCCGGUGUAUGUUACCAGUGCGGACAGCCAGGACAUUUCAAGAAAGAUUGUCCGCAGUUGAACAUGACAGUUCAGAGAGAUCAGGGAGUUGGGUCCCAGACAAUUGAGCAAUCGAGAGUUUCAGUGGUUCCAACAGAGGGUACCAGUGGUGCAAGGCAAAAGGGAGUUGUUGGAAGACCGAGGCAACAGGGAAAAGUCUAUGCUAUGACUCAACAAGAAGUAGAGGAUGCACCAGACGUUAUUACUGGCCGAGAAGAAUUAAACCGAGCUUAUAGACCAAGGAUCUAGCCCAAGACUGUGAGUGACAAAACCAACUUUGAAAUAUUUUCCAUAACUGUUAUUAUGAUUGAAUGCGAUAAAUGUUUAUUUACGAAGCCAUGAAAGGUAUUUGAAUUUCAUGACUAUUUUCAAGUAUACAUUUGGAGACUAGAUUUCUUAAAGAAAUUUAUGCUAGCACGUAGAUAUUAAAUGUUUGGAAAGUAUUUAAACCACAAUAUUUUAAGCAAAGCAUGAAUUAGUAUGAAGUUUUGUUUUAAGAACUACAAUUUUCCACGAAAGAGCUGAGUAAAGUUCGAGCUUUGUGUAAAAUUUAUAAGCAGGCAUGUUUUAAUAUUUUAUGAUGAUUUAUGAAAUUUUCAUUAACUACAUGACUGAGAUCUUGAGCCUGAGGCUAGAGAUUACCGUGUGCACACUGGUUAGAUUUCGUUGUUGACGUUGAGUGUACUCCGUAACAACGAUGCUGUCGUGAGUGCUGGGCGGGCCCCACUACGACAAAGACGAUGGGAGUGCUGGGCGGGCCCCACUACAUCGUAGUGCUUGUAAACGUUGUUGUACUAGGUGUACCCUACACAACGUAGAUUCGUCAUGUUAGUUAAAAUGCUUCGAUAUACUUGAUAUGCCUUGCUAGAUUUCAAUGAUGAACAUGCUGAGUAUUUAAGGAAGCUAUUCUUACUAUUACACAUUUACAUUUACGACUUGUAUAAACAGAUUUAUAUGUGUAAAGUUUUCACGUGCUGUUAUCUUUAAAUUCAUAGUUUUAAACUGAGUCACUCACUGAGCUUCAUAGCUCACCGUUUCCAAAAUGUUUUACCCAUUUUCCAGGUAGAGAUCGACUUCCCGGUGCCUGAUAGACUGCCUUAGUCUGCGGAAGCUUCAUUAUCGAUUGCCAGUACGUGUUUUGAGUUGGGCAUAAAGUCUGUUGUGUUGUGAUGUAUUCACACCCUUGUAUGUUAUAGAUACUCCACAGUUUGUAUAAGCUUUAGGAGCUGUAGUUGGGUAAAUUUUGUUGGUUAUAUUUUGAUUAAGGUGUCUUUAGGUUUACUCGUGAAAUUGGUAAAUUUUGAGGUACACUUCAUGUAUGUGUUUGACUAGCUGUGUUUGACUAGCCUAGGAUCCGAUGUGUUUUGUGGCAUGUACAAUAGUUUAUAUACUAGAUUGGCAAGUUCAUCACAUGAAAGUUUUAAGCAGAGUCGACAGAUA